GUGUAUACGUGUAUGUAAAGACAUAAAACACAUAUAACAAACCUCUCUCAACCUCUCUUCUCCAACAAGUUUUCCACAAAAAUAAACUUUCACAGCAAACAAGAACACACACACAUCUAUAGAUAUGGAUCUUGAUUUGUUACAAGAUCUGUCCAAAGUCAAUAUCCCAACAACCAUUAAAAUCCCAUCCAAAACCUCUAGAAACAUAAACGAUGGCGAUGAAGAAAACGAAGAUGGCAUUAGCUGCAGCACACCCACAUCUGAAGAACACAAGAUUCCAUCCGUUCUUGAUUCUCCACCUUCCCCGCCAAGAAAACCUCGUCCACCGCCAUCAAAACCGUCGGCUACGGCGGCUAUGAUGAUCAGAUCGUGUAAGAGGAAGCUCUUAGUGUCGACUUGUGAGAUUAUCACGAACCGGGAAGAGAUUGACCGUUUCUUCACAUCCGUUUAUAGUGACACGUCGACCACGGCGAAAAGGCGGAGACGUUAUCCUCAUUGUCCGCGAAGAUGAGCUUUUAGUUCAAGAUUUACCUUUUUUACAGUUUUACUGGAAAUAUUGUGAACUUUAUAGUCAAGUAUAAAGUUUAAAGUUUAAUAUGUUUAUAUAAAAUGGAUGGAUAAUUUUCUGCGA